GUCAAGACCUAUAAGGUUGUGCUAUGUGGAAAGACUGGAGUGGGAAAGACAUCAAUUUUUAGACGUAUGUGUGGGUCUGACUUGGACAGCCCUUGGAAAGGUUGUGCAAGAAAUACCCUUGAUCCUGUGGAGUGUAAUGUGUCAGUUGAACUAAAAAAGGAAACAAAAAUAAAGGUAUUCUUAUUGUUAUUUUAAGCAUUUUAUUAACCCUUUCACUUUACAAGAUGCCCAAAAGUGCUCAAACGUUUGAGCAAUAAUGCAACACAGGGGUGCCAUACUGCAGAGAUGUAUUAAAUGCUUUAUCAGCAGGGAGGUUAAUCAACAACAACAGCAAUGGCUGCAACAAGAAAGGCUACAUAGCAAUAGUUUUAGAUAAGCAACAACUUUUUCAUAUGCAUCAUGCUUUUUUGUACAUUUACUUAGCAUUGUAACUCCCUAAAUUCAGGUUUUAAUUGGACGUAAACACAAGAAAACAAAUUUGCCCUCUUUUCCUGAACUUACACACCAACAGUACUCCUUUAGAUUUCAACUCCAGGAAAAUUUGCAAAUAUUUGACAAAUUAACAGAACGGAGUAAGAGGGAUCAUGAAGUUUGAGGUGCAAGCGAAACAAUCAGCAAGAUUAUAAAAUUUCCAAUCAGGUAUUAGCUGCUGGCACAUGACUUCUUAUGCCAUCGCCCAUUUAGAGAGGUUGCAUUAACUCCAGCAGAUGUAAGAUGACUUAAAGACCACGUACCUCGUGUCUCGUGUGAGUAUGAGCUUCUUUAGCGAGUGUAAGUCUUUCGGGCGAUUGUAAUCGACUGAUCCAUGAUCGUGUAGUGUAAGAUAAAAUAAAACUUUGUUGUAUUUUGAGGAAUUGUUCCGCGAGCCUGACAACAUUCUGGCGACCCUGCCAGGACGGCUCGAUGGCGUAGAAGCUCGCAGUGGAAAACAGAUGUGAUCGAAGCGUCAUGACAUCGCUUUUGUCUCGUAUAAUAUUGGUGUAAACUCAAGUGUUUGUUUCUGUUUUUCUGUGCAAAGUGAGUUUGCAAGGAACAUGACAGAUUCAGAGGUCGACGAACUGCUUCUAAGAGUCGAGGGAGGAAUUUGUUAGCUCCCGUUGACAGGAAUAGAGCAGUUAGCGGAACAUGUGGGUUUGAAAUCCAAGGAGUUCAAAGGAAAAACCAAGCUUGCCAUGUCACGGACUAUUCGCGCUAUAGGUCGAGGAAGAGCUUGAAGAAAGCGAGAGUAAGGUCAAAUAUCUUGAAAGAAUGGAAUUUUGUGUCAGAAACGCCCCCGCCACUUGAGGGAACGGGUAGUACUGCGGUUAAAAACGAAGAGGUGGCGAAAGUGAAAACAGAAUACGAAGCGCCAAGUAAACAAUUCAAGUAAGCGCUUGAGUCGUACAAGAAGAAGAUGGAAGAGGCUUCGAUCAAACUUGAGGGCAUCGAGUCAGCUAAAACGGUUGCCGCAUUGUCAAAACAACAAGAAGGUGAAGUUGUGUCACUUUCUUAUGUUGAAAACGCUUUCUGGAGGGAUUUUAAGAUUCUUGGUGUAAUCGGAGGGGAGGAGCAGAAGGAUCGACUUUCCUUUGUUAGUCCAAUUCGCCAGAUUGACGCGGGGCUUGAGAGAGGAUGUAAGGAACGAGAGAUUAUUGAUGCUGUUAUUCGUGAAGUUAGCCCUAGUUUGAAGCUAAGAUCGUCUUUGGAAACUCCACAAGACUUUCUAAUGAGGGCCCUUGAUUUAAGACAACUGAUCCUUUUUGCACCUCAAGCUGAAAGUAGCGCGCGAAAUAUGAGCCCUCGCUGGUUAACCCCUUAUUCCUUCAUGUAGUUAAAAACAGGUUUACGGGAUGAGGCUGUAUACGUAGUAAAUUUCGACCAUUCCCUCAGAAAGCAGAUGUCACAGACGAAGAACUGAUGGAACAGAUUAACAUUGCAGUUUCGAAAGAAAUUGAGAGGCAGGGUAAAUUUGGUGCUGCUUAUAAAAGAAGUGUUAGAGUGAAUUCCUUACAAGUGGUAGAGAAUUUGGGGUACAAGUGCAUUCAAAGAAAAGUAGUACACAUAAAAAAAUCAAAACCUGACAGACACCGGCUCAGGGUGACCCUAGAGGCCGUAAAAUCAGAUGUUGCUGCCCUGAAGAAAGGUUUGGGUAGCCAGAAGGCUUAACAGCAAGGGAAAAGCCCCAGAAUAGGAGACCAUUUCCACGUAGUCGUUUCUGUGCAGCUUGCGAACAAACAAACCAAGAUUUUUGUGAUCAUUAUUACCACUGUGGCUCAAGUGAUCAUUAUUUUCGGGGAUGGGAAACCAAAGGAGGCUAUCACCGCGGGACAGGGAGUAGCCGCCGACAAUGUUAAAGGGUCCCAUGUAUGUGUUAACCGUUUAUUGAGGGGGUUUCCCCUGAUUGCAGAAGCAGUGUUCUAGUUGUCAUUCAGUCCACUAUUGUUCUAAGAAAUGUCAAGCAACCCAGUGGGUAAAGCAUAAAUCACUGUGUAGUGCCAUAAAAUACCUGUGCACUAAGGAGGAAAAGGCUGUAGAUGGCAGUAGCAUAAUAUUAGUCACCUAACUCCCGUUUGGCAAGGUAAAGUAGCGAAGUUGGUUGGUAAACGAUGCCUGGUGAAAUGUAUUAUGAGCAAUGUUGCUACCGAUGCAUUGUGGGACAUAGGAGCCCAGAUGUUUAUCGAAUCGAAAGAAUGGAUGAGCUGAGAGUCGUAGGAAUAUUGAAAAAGCAGCUAAUAGUACUGAAAUUCCAUACGAAGGCUGGGUUGAAAUCUCAUUUAAACUUGCGACUUAUGAUGAUAAACAUGCUUUAUCGGUACGCUUCCUGAUUUCCACAGACACAACCUAUUGAAGAAAUGGUUAGAAGUACCGAAAGUCAAUCUCCUAGCAAUGAUGAAAGGACAAUGGUUAAUGCCCAGAGUGCGAGCUGUAUUGAAAUUAAACGGGAGAAUGUUGAAGCCUUUAUCUUCGUUAUUAGGACAUCCUCACGAAGUGAAUUGUGUAGUGUAAGGGUAACAAAGAGGAAUGUGAUCCCAAAGAACGAGACAGUAGUAGUGACUUGCUCAGUAAAUACUGGUCCAAUUGAAUCAAGACUUCCUAUACUGUUUGAACCAACAUGGCCAUCAGGACUUGUAAUCCCAGAAACAUUAGUGUCCCUUAAGGGAGAUGCUUUAUCACGUGUUGGUAUCCAAGUAGAAAACACUACAGAGCAUGAUAUCACCCUGAAAAACCGAACGGUGUUAAGCAAACUUUAGUUGGUAAAAUCUGUGACUCCUCUCGAAAUGAGAAAGAAAUCAGACAAUGAGGAUUCAGUGGAUGGUGUUUCUCUAGCUGAUGAGACAUCAGAGAGUAAAAGAAUAUGUCAGAGAGAUGCUUGAUAAAAGCCCAGAAACAAGUUGCCCAGUUCUUGAAGUUGAUUUGGGAGACCUGACAGAAGACCAGAAAAUUGUAGUGAUGGAGAUGCUAAGAGACGAAGCAGAAUCCUUUUCAAAAGGUGAUGAAGAUGUAGGGUGCGUAGAAGGUCUACAGCUCAACAUCAACCUUUCAGACAGUCGCCCAGUUCAGAAGAACUACACAGCUAUACCCAAGCCAUUGUACCCAGAAGUUAAGCAGUAUGUUGAGGAUCUCCUUAAUUGUGGAUGGGUGCAGAAGUGACGAUCAGCUUACUCAUCACCUGUAGUAUGUGUGCGGAAAAAGGAUGGUUCUGUAAGACUGUGUGUUGACUUUCAUGAGCUCAAUAGGAGGACAGUACCUGACCGUCAACCACUUCCUCGUGUCCAGUCAACUGCCGAGAAUCUCGGGGUAAUGAAUUUUCUCACUAUUGAGCCCACGAAAAGCCUAUCACCAGGGAUUUAUUAGUCCGGACUGUCAACACAUUACUGCUUUUGUAACAGCGUGGGGUCUUAUGAGUGGGUGAGGAUACCCUUCGGGCUCCGGAAUGCGCCCGUGGAAUUUCAAACGUACAUGGAGAACUGCCUUCAGGGGCUAAGAGACAACAUUUGCAUUCCCUACCUGGAUGACAUAAUUGUCUCUAGCAAAACCUUCAAUGAAGACGUAGAAAAUAUCCAGACGCACGGAAUUAAACUGAAAGCAAAGAAAUGCAAGCUGUUUAAAAGAGAAGUCAAUUAUCUGGGAAGAAUUAUCUCUGCUGAUGGAUAUCAUGUGGACCCAUCGAAUACUCCGGCUGUGUUAUCACAGAGACUUAAAAAGAACCAAAACAUGAACCGUGGAUGACGUCAGGAAACUUCUGGGCUUGUUAGGGUACUACCAAAAGUACAUCCAGGAUUUCUCUAGGAUUGCACAACCCCUCUUUGAACUUCUUUUAAGAAGUGUCUUAAAAGACGCCCAACGUAAAAUUGAGCAGCACUGCGAAUCCAAGGGGACAGCGUGUUCAGAAAGGUAACAGUGUGCCGUCUAGCCAUCGGGUCGUUUGGACACAGGAACACCAAGAAGUUUAGGAACACCUUGUAAACUGUCUUGUUAGCCCACCAAUCUUGAGCUGCCCGGACUAUAGUCUGCCAUUUGUCCUGCACACAGACGCUUCAUAGGAAGGACUAGGGGCUGUGCUUUAUCGGUGUCAGUCUGGACAAAUGCGUGUGAUAGGGACAAGGACACUGACUUCUCCGGAGGAAAACUAUCACCUUCAUUCAGGAAAAUUUAGAAUUUCUAGCGCGCAAAUGGGCCGUCUGCGAACAGAUCAGGGAUUACUUUUAUUAUGCGCCAUCAUUCACUGUGUACACUGACAAUAAAUGUAUUUUCCGCUGUUAUUCCAAGUAAUUAGUCGCAGUUGUUUUCGUUUCACACCUGCCGCACCCACUAUUGUGCAUUCUGUUUUGCAUUGAUGUCCUGAUUGGCCAGUUAUUAGUAUUUAUACUCUCCGUUGUCUCUUGAGUACCAUUCACGCUCGCUGUUCCAUACAGUUUAUUCAUCUUUCUGGUUUGUGUUUUUCCUAUUCGUGUGAUGCCCAACGAUCAAAAAGAGAGCGAAGGUUCGUCCGUGCGGCUGAAGUUGGCCAAACUUCAGGUGAUAGUGGAGGCAACUCAGCAGCCGUUGAUCAAGUCUUUUCCAUGUUUAAGGAUUUUCUUGAGAAAAAAUUAGAAGAUAAAGGAAAGCAAAUCGAACAAAGGAGUAAGUUAGAUAAAGAAGUUGUACAGCUAAAGUUCAAAGGUAACCAGAAACAAUUUGAGCUUAAUGUCGAAUUAGAUGCCAUUUUUGAAAGCAUUGAAACUGAAAGUGAAAGCAUCGAGCCUAAUUUGUCGCAGAUGAAGAAACUUUCCCAAGAAGGCAGGCAACGUAUUCGAAAGCGACAGAAGCUGAUAAAAAUCGCUGAUAAAAGUAGGGACGGCUGGCAGGUUGUAGCCGAGUACGAGUCGGACGAGCUUGCAUCCGGCUCCGAAGAUGAAAAGCGUCUUAAGAAGGCAAGAGAAGCAGCGAGCCGCAAGAGACGUCAAAAGGAACAACUCUCCAGCGAUCGUGGAAAGAAACCAAGAAUUGCUUUGGGCGCUGAUAAUCAGCUUUUUCGUGGUAAGAAAAAGGAGCCUCCUCUUUACUUUGUAUAUUCAUAUGUGUUUUGGAUCUGCUUGCGCAUCCUACCAUAUUUCUCGUGUGAUUUGUUUGUAUUACGGGAAUUUAAGGGUAAAAUGAUUUACGUGCGUUUGAGCGAAGCGAAUUAGAACGUAAUUCCCUGACUUAUGUCCUAUCCUCAGCCAAGAUUAAUUCAAUGGGACAUCGUUGGGUUGCAGAACUUGCAGAUUUAAUUUUGACAUCAGGUAUAGAUCUAGGAAAGUGAACAAGGAUGUGGAUACGUUGUCAAGGAUUUCCCUCAAUAUUAAUCAGUAUAUGCCUGCCUGUGCUAAGACGACAUCUGAAGAGGUGAUCAGCGCAACUUUCUCUGGCAUAAUGGCACUUCAGAAUGGUGAGGCUGUCUGGAUCACAGCAGUAAGUGGGGCGAAAGAAACACUGAACCUCAAUUCUGAUCCCAUUCAUUCAAGAAACUAUCACAAGAUUAAACCUCAUGUUAUUUUGGCAUCCGAAAAACGAGGUCCAAGUAUUAGCAAUUAGAAUACAAAAUGGAUGGCCGUAAACCAGCUGCCCAUGAGAUUGGGAGGGAACUUCCUUACACAAGAAAACUGUUGCGUGAAUGGCCAAAGUUAGAGGUUGGAGGAGAUGGUCUUUUGAUAGCUAGAUAAGAUAGAUAGAUAAUUAAGGCUAUAUAUUGUGCAGUUUUCAUGGCGAGAUGAUCAACUGCGCAUUACAACAAUACAUAGAAUUACAAACAACUAAAUGAUAAAUAAUCAUGUGUUGUAUAUAAUAUCAAAAAAGCCUUACUAAAAGGUAAGUCUUCGGCAUAGUCGUGUAUAGGUAUUCAGUAAACCUAGCUAAGAAUGAAAAGCUUAACUAAAAAGAUGGGCCUUUAUUAAGAUGAUCUUUUAAAAGUGUCAACAGAUUUGGCCAUUCUAAUUUCCAGAGGUAAAUCGUUCCAGAGUUUAGGCGCCGCAGCAACAAAAGCACGGUCGCCCAGGGUUGUUAAAGUUUUAAAAUUCGGGCGAGACAGCAGUAUUCCGUCGUUAGAUCGCAGUCUACAUCUUGAGUUUAAAGGAUUAAUUUUAACAAGAUCAUUAAUUGAUAUGGGACGGUGCAACUUCAUGAAUGGCUUUGAAAGUUGAAAGUAAAAUCCUAAAAUUAAUACGAAAUGAGACAGGAAGCCAAUGCAGCUGAUGGAGCACAGGGGUAAUAUGGCAAAAUUUGCCCUGCAUAAUAACAAGUCUGGCAACUGCGUUUUUUAAACUCUCUGCAACUUGUCAAUAUGGCACUUAGGCACGCCAUAUAACAGACUAUUACAGAAGUCUAUUCGGCUACUAACAAAAGAGUGGAUAACAGUCGCAGCUGCACCCAUUGAAAGGUAUUUCCUUGUGCGUCUAAUACUGUGCAAGAGAUAGAAAGCAGCACUGCAUAUUUUGGUACUGUGUACGGCCGUAGUAAGUUGAUCAUUGAACCAAGAACUCAAAUUCCGCACAACAGACACUGCUUACAUCGCAAUCUCCUACCCUGAUAGUGUUAACAGUGGCCUUUUUCAAUAGAUGUCGUAAUGCUAUUACAAUAAGUUCGGUUUUGUCGUCAUUAAGCAUGUUUGUCCGAGGUCAUCCACUGCUUAACGUCCGAGAUACAGGUUUCCAUUGAUCUAAUUGCCUCAUCUUGACUAAAAGCACAGCUUGGGUUAAAGGAGAAAUAAAGGUGGGAGUCAUCUGCAUAACAAUGAUCUUUUAGAAGGUGACGACCGACAAUGUCAAAGAUUUUGCUUGUAUAUAUGUUAAACAAAAGGGGACCUAGCAUGACCUAGGCAUGAUCCCUUGGGAACGCCAUAACGAAGAUGAAAUACAUUUGAAAGCGCUCCCUGAACAGAUAUUCGUUGUGUUCUUCGAGAUAGAUAAGAGCAGAACCACGAAAUAGCAGUUCCAUUCAGACCCAGCUUUGAUCUUAAACGUGUUAGCAAAAUACUAGGGUCGAUAGUAUCGAAGGCAGCACUCAAGUCUAACAGAACGAGGAGGUUCACAUGCUGCUUGUUCAUGUUUAUUUGUCAGGAUGUCAUUGUGAACUUUCAACAAAGCUGUUUCCGCACUAUGAAGUUUCCUGCAUGCAGACUGGAACACUGGAUACAGAUUGUUCUUAGCAAUGUGCGAUUGAAUCUGAUCCGCAACAGCACUCGCCGUGAGCUUGGAAAUAUAGGAUAGAUUACUAACAGGACGUAGAUUCUUGUAAAAUUGGACGAGUCAGAUCCACACUUCUUCAAUAAAGGUGUUACUACUGCCUCUUUCCAUACUUCAGGGAAAUGACCAGACUGCAAGGAUAAAUUAAUAAUUAACGUAAUUACAGGCAAGAGUUCAUCCAUACACUCAACUACCAAUGACGUGGGUACAGGAUCUAAUGAACAUGACUUUUUUGAAGAUCGCAUAAUAAUGUGCGUACAUCAUCCAUUGACAGCGAUUUACAGCUGGUAAAUGAAUUAGAAGCAAGAUCUUGUGCUGACACAUUAGAAUUCACAGCAUUUCCUAGUUUAGAGUGAAUGCUUGUCACCUUGUCAAUGAAGAACCUGCCUAUGUUAUUGCAACCACCUCAGCGUUAGAUCCACCGGGCUGGGAUAAUUUCUUUGAUUCUGAUAAUAAGGAGUUGGCGGCUUUAAACAGCCUGCCUUGGUCGAAGCUGUUUUUCUCAAUGAACUCAUUGUAAUAUGUACAAUGCACCUGGUUCAUAAGCAGUGUUGCAUGAUUCUUUUUCUGUUUGAAUGCAGAAUAAUGCAUUGGAUCCUUUGUAGCCCUCCAGUUCCGCCCGCUUUUCUCCUUUCCCUGAAAGCAGCCUUGAUCGAAUCGUUAAACCAGGCCACACGAGGCCUGUUAACCACAGUUCUAGUCUUCAAAGGAGCGUGACAUUAGAUGAGUAACGAAAGGGUUGAAUUAUAACAGGUAACAAGGCCAUCCAGACUUAAAUUGACAAUGUUUUCAUUACACAGGGCUGAUUUGGCAAGAUCACCUUUAAAAGAUUCAAUGUUAACUGACUUGACGUUCCUGCAGGUGACAGUUUUGACACUUGCUUCAGGCUUUAUGGAAUUAAGAUCACAAAGAACAGCUGUAUGGUCAGAGAAGAAUUGACCGAUUGUGGGAUAAUUCUUUAUGAUCGAAUCAGAUUGACAAGUGAUUAUCAGAUCCAAGGUAUGACUGUGGUUGUGAGUAGGUCCAGCUACAUGUUGUUCUAGGCCCAUGGAUUCCAAAAUAUUCAGAAAAUCGCCAGCAACUGCAUCACCAGCUACGUCAACAUGAAGAUUAAAAUCGCCAACGAUCAGGAUUGGUUCCAUGGAUAAAAUAAAUAGAUUCUAAAUACGACGUGAAUUCACUAACAAAGGAUUUGGUGCAAGGCGGGCGGUAAACAAUCACAAUUCGCACGGCGAAUGAACCAAACUUUACCGAAAGUUCAGAGAACUCGAAUGAUGAAGAUGAGUUGUCACUAUGUUUAAUCAAAUAUAGCCACUGAAAUAGAAGAAGAAGAAGAAAAAGAAAUAAGAAGAAAUAGAAGAAGGUGUGGAGAAAAUUUAAAGUUAGUUCUACCAAAGCAAUUUCUCCCUCUGGUCUCUAACGAACUACACCAGGAGAUGGGCCACCCAGGAUCAGAGAGAGUACUGCAGUUAGCUCAGGAGAGAUUUUAUUGGCCAUACAUGGAACGCGAUUUCACUCACGUUGUAACCAAGGUGUGUAAGCUGCCGGAAACAAGGACGCCCAAAUAUUUCGACACGUGCCCCUCUUAAUAUCUAUUGACUACCUACACUUGGAAAGAAGUUCUGGUGGACAUGAGUCUUGUUAUUGUUGAUCACUUUACCCGUUUUUCCUAAGCUUAUCCCACAAGAAAUAAGUCGGCUCGAACAGCAGCGGACAAGCUUUUUAACGAUUUCAUGCUGCGCUUUGGAUUUCCAGCUCGAAUCCUCCAUGGCCAGGGAAGAGAAUUUGACAAUAAAUUGUUUCACUAGUUACAGCAGUUUUGUGGAAUGGUCCGUUCAAGGACGACAACUUAUCACCCACAAUGCAAAGGGAAGGCCGAGAGAUUUAACAAGACCCCACUGUCAAUGCUAAGAACUCUUCCCGAAGGACGGAAGGGUAGGUGGCAUGAGUACAUCCCAAAGGUUGUACAUGCAUACAAUUGUGCAAGGAGCGAAUCAACAGGAUACUCCCCAUUCUUUCUUUUGUUUGGGCGUUCACCUCGUUUACCAGUUGAUACGGUUCUUGGAACUUUGCUAGAGUUAGUGAAGGGCAGUCAUAGCACUUAUGUCUUGAAAUGGAAGUCUGUUGUGUCAAAAGCAUACACACUUGCUGCCGAAAAGGCUCGCUCCUUAGCUUUCAAGGGAAAGUCAUUUUAAGAUCGCAAAGCCCACUUUACAACCUUGUAACCAGUUAACAGAGUUCUCGUGAGGAAUCUUUCAGAGCAUGGGGGACCGGGUAAACUUAGGGCUUACUGGGAGGACCAGAUUCACGUAGUGGUGGAAAGAAAGGGAAGAGCCCGGUCUAUGAGUUAAAGCCGGAGAGAGGCAAUGGUAAGAAGCGUGUCCUUCACAGAAACUUGCAACUACCAUGUGACUUUCUUCCUGUAACUGAAGAGCAGAAUGGUCAGAGGGGUGAAAGAACUUGGAACACAGUACCAAACACUAGUACCGACAGCGACAGUGAUGAUGGUGACCCCCCAACCUACUCACCGUUACAGCUGUCGGAGUGGCCAGAAUCAAAUCCUGCUACGGACGGCAUGCAACUUUUGACGCUGUUGAGUCCAGAGACCAUGAACCCACAGGGUCACAACAUUCAGAUACCACGUAAUUGAAAUAGACUGAAAUACGCAGCAACUUGACGUUUGGAAAGAAUUUAUGGCCAAGACCUUAACUGCACUGCUAGAAAGGGCUUGUUCCGCGUUGAGCCACUUGCGCUACCAACGGAAAAGCCGCCACAUGAAAAUUAUGGGCGAUGGUAGCCUAACAGACGUUUAUUUCUCGCUUUCGGAGCCUGAUACUGAGUAGCUUUUAUGUAAGGAAAAAGGCACUGCACUAUAAAAACCUGGGUGGCAUAUGAUGAUCUUAUAAUUGAAUACUGUAUGUCUUAGGCAGUUCGCCGUGCUGUUAGUGUUAGUGUCCCAGUUUCAGACAAUUUCCUCACACUGAUUUGCAAACAUCAACGCUGAUUUCAUUUUACCUUCUCACGUUUAUGUCUCUACGGAGCCUGUCUUAACCCUUCUCAUAGUCAAAUCAUUACAAAAUGCAAUUGAAAGUGGUCAAGACCAACGAAGCAGGGGCUCCAAACGAAGGUUUCCUCCAAAAUACACUCUUUUUUUCUAUAAGAAAAUAUUUUAUAAGAAGAAUAUUGAGGCUGAAAUUUGCGAAAAUUUAAGAAUAUUUUAAUACUAAACCUCAGGCUGAGAUUUUGAAAAAGAUAUAAUUUUGUGUGCUUAAAAACUUAAAUACAAUACAAUUAUAUGUUUUGAACUUAUGCCAUUCUCUAAGCGGCAAAACCCGCCAACAAAACGAAAAAACCUGCACUUACUAUAAUUGAUACCCCAAUAUAUUCUAAAACGGAAAUGACAUAAGCUAUAAUUUAAGAAUAAUACUGGAAUAUUUUCAGACUGAAAUCGGCAGAAAAAUAAGAACAUUCAGCCUCGGGCGGGAGAAACAACUUUCUGAUAAAAAAAAGAGUGUUAUGUUGCAAUCACUUUUUAAACUGUCCAGAAUGUUUUUAGCCAUGUUUUAGCGGUUCUCUAGAAAUGCAUUCUAGCUAUAAGCAGCGCUACAAAAUUUUAUCUGUUCGGUCAUCUUAGGGGAACUUGAGUCUUUUUGAAAUUACAAGGGUUUCAGUAUUAUUUAGACUCCAGACAACUGUCCUAAGAGCACUAGACUGCUUGCAAUCCACCUUUUCUCUUAAAAUCCGUCUAGCUCUUACAGUUAUCCAGUGCGAUUGCAAACCACGCCCUUACUUCUCGCGUCCUUAGGUUUCGCGUGCAGUAACUUUGCAAAGAAAAAUAAGAGACUGCUCGCAGUCUAUAAGAGCACAACCCUGAAUUUAUGUUGUGAACGUUUUUGCCCUUAAACCAAGGGAUGUGGCAUAUUUUGUCUUUUAAUAGUGAUAUUUUCCACUUUAAUUUGCAGCUAAACCUGUGGGACACUGCUGGACUUGAACAACAUGCCACAUUAACUCGCUCUCACUAUUUACUCAGCCAGGCUGUGUUGAUUGUGUACAGUGUAAACGACGAAGAAUCUCUCAGCCAGGCCAUUGAAAUCCUGAAGUUUGCCAAAAUCCAUGCGCAAGGUGCCUGCUUCAUUUUGAUCACAAACAAGAUAGACUUAGAACCAACUUUCACAGAGGAUAAAUUGAGGUCAUCAAUUCCAAAGAAUGCGUUUGUGUUGCAGUUUAGAACUUCAGCCUUAACAGGUGAAGGUAUACAGGACAUGCUUCAUAAACUAGCGAGCCAUUUAAAUAAGAGAGCAACACCCAUGAAACCAACUAGUCGUUCAUGCCUUGGUAAUUGCAAUGACAAGAGUGCUAGUUACAAUUUAGAUGCUGGUGUUGUUCAUUUGCAAUUUGAAGACACUCAUCAACGACGUCGAAGACGAAGAAAAUGCUGCUCUUCAUAA